UCUUCGCGUCCGCAGAACUGCACGGUUUAAUGCUUCCCUGAGAGGCGAGGAGCGGAGUUCACGUAUAUAUAAGGUAUUCAAAAUAUCCCGCCAAGAAUUCAUAAGUCAAGGUUGACCACGGCGUAUUACUCGACAACUAUCAUCGAUUGCACAAUACAUUAGCACAGAGUGUAAACGCUUACCGCCUCAAGCAUAACCAGCACCACCAGCAGCGGAAGCUGACGGCUGAGUAAAAGUAACGCAAAGUGGUCAAAGACGUGCACACCUCGGAAGAGCAGAGCAUUUCUCCGAGCUAUAACGAGGUAAUCGUCAACAAACCGCAAGCGAGAUGAAGAAGGUGCUUCUCGUCUCCGGUUUCCUCCUUUCAAUCAUCGCGGUCAGCGAAAAGAGCCGCGUCUCGGCUGCCGAGCCAAUAUUGUCGACGCCUCUUGGGCGAAUUCGAGGCGUUGUCUCUAUGGCUGAAAAUGGAAGAUCCUUCAACGCCUUUCUCGGCAUUCCCUACGCCAGACCUCCGCUGGGCGAUCUCAGGUUCACGCCACCCGUAACUCCGUAUAGAUGGUACGGGGUUUUGAACGCCACCAGAGACGGCCCGAUUUGUUCUCAGAGGGACUUCCUUGGAGAUCCUUCGCUACUUCUCGGUUCCGAAGACUGUUUGUACCUCAACAUCUACACGCCAAAGUUGCCAUCCGAACAUGGCCACUACGCGCUUCCAGUGAUGAUAUGGAUUCACGGAGGAUCGUGGCUCUGGUGGAGCGGCACGAGUCGGCAUUUCAAUCCGGCCCGUUUGAUGAACAAGGAUCUGAUAUUGAUAACGAUCAAUUACCGUCUGGGUUGGCUCGGCUUUCUCAGCACGGAGGAUGCCGUUGUGCCGGGAAACAACGGACUUAAGGAUCAGGCAGCGGCGAUAAAGUGGGUCAGCGAGAAUAUCGGGGCCUUUGGCGGUGAUCCUCAGAGGAUAACGGUAGCUGGCCAAGACACCGGAGCCGUCAGCGCGCACCUCCACAUGUUCUCGCCUUUGACGAAGGACUUGAUAACGUCGGUGAUAUCGCACAGCGGAAGCGCCUUCGCACCCUCAGCACUUUCCUAUCCAGGCGAGGCUUUGAGAAAAACUAAAAGUUUGGCAGAGGCGAACGCCUGUCCGACGGAAUCGAACCCAGAAAUGAUAGCGUGUCUUCGGAAGCUGGACGUCGAGCAAAUCACAACAACUGACGCAAUACUUUACGUGUGGAACGGGCAGCCCUCGGUGCCUCUUAGAGCGGUCGUCGAGGGGACAGUGGAAGGUGCUUUCCUGGUCGAACACCCCGAGAGCACCGUGGAGAAGGGAAACCAGGCGAACAUUUCGAUGAUGGUGGGCACCGUGCGGGACGAGGGCGCGGUGAUAACGUCUCCGCUGAUGUUCGGGACAACAACGCUGUCCGCGAUCGCCGACAACUUCCGCGCCGCAUUUCCUGCCAUCUUUGUUUACGAAGAGUAUUACUCAGAGCGGGCAAAGAACGAUAUUUCCGAUGCCAUCAAAAGCCACUACUUUGGCGACGGGAGGAUAUCCGCCACCUCCGUUUCCGACUUGCAAAAGGCGGCCACGACGAGGUUAUUCAGCCGUCCAGUAAAUUGGAUUGCCGAAAAACAGCGUGUCAACAACACGAUAUACCUUUAUCAGAUGAACUACAGAGGCAGUUUAUCCUUCUCGAAAAUAUACGGAGCCGGGAUUCUUGAUAUGGGAGUUUGCCACGGUGACGAUUUGCUCUAUUUAUUCGAUUUCCAUUCUCUCUUCCGGCGGUCAAUCGGUUCCACCGAGGAAGAACGAGUGAUGAAGGAAACCAUCAGCGAGCUUUGGUACAACUUUGUCGCAACUGGGAAACCAACGCUGGAAAUUACCGAACUUUUGCCCAACAAGUGGGAGCCGGUCGACAAAAAUACCCAGGAUUUGAACACCUUCGUCAUCGAUGGUCCACAGAAUUUCAUGGUCAUGCAGCGCGUUCAGAACGCCGCAAAUCGCCUCGACAGUUCAUUCUGGGAGGGUCUGUCGAUUGCCCAUAAUCCGAACAAGGACGUCUUCCCGCAGGUGACCAAAACCUCCUGGACAAACUAUAUCAAAAACGCAUUCGCAAAGCUGAAGAGAGGGGUCAAGAGGCUCUUUGGUCAAUCUUAAUUUUCACGCCUGGCAACUCUUAGCUUCUCACCUAUUAAACCUGUUCUGCCUGUAUAAUGUAAUACGAAUGUUACGUGUAGAACUUUAUUCGAAUAAAACUAAUUCGUGCAAA